AUGCUAGCUGCCGCUGUGGCGGGAACCUACAUCAGUAGACCCGGCUGGCAGGUGCGAAAAGUGAGCUUGAAUUCAUUUACCACUGCAGAACCCCCUCAGAUCCACCUUCCCGAUGUCGAAACUCGGCUCAACAUGCAUCAGUUCAAUGGUCUCUUCGAAUCCUCUGCGCCCGAGCGCCACCAGCAACAGCAACAGCAACAGCAACAGCAGCUCCAGCAGGUUCAGAAUGGAAAUGGCUCCGAUGAAAUCUUGCACGAUCCCGCUACCACCCGAAACCAUCCGGUCCCUUCCACAAUGCCCAAUGGAGAAUCCCUACCAGGCCCCGAAUGGUCGUCUGCUGUAGGACAUGCGAUGACCGGGAAAUCUGGGCGGGUUAUACACAAUUUACAGGAAGACAUAGCGCGUUUAACGCGCGAAUGUAGUUUACAUCGGUUGCGCGCGGAAGAGGCGCAACGCAUAAACGAGACGCUCAAGCUCCAGCUACAAAACGUGACGGACCGAUUGCGUAAUUCAGAGCAGUCACACGAGGCGCAUCUUAUUUCGAUAGCGCGCAAGGAUAGGAAAAUCGAAGACUUGAAGGCGGAGGUUCGAGGGGAGAAAGAUAGGAGACUGAAAGCAGAGGAGGAUGCGCGCAGAACGAACCAGCUAGCCGCGGAGGAGAGGGAUGAGAGCCAUCGCGUACUUGCUGAGGCUUCAGAGAUCGCCAAUUACUCGCGCAAUCAAUACGAAACGCUCACCCGUGCACGAGCGAAAGAGCAACUCGAAUUCAAAAUGCGUCUCGAUUGUUUCCGCGCGGAGCUAAAGGAACUACGCAGUCGGGAAAUUGAGAGGCAGAACCAGCUCACCCGCUUUGAUGUGAUCAUGGAGCAGAAGAAUAAGGAAAUUGAAGCGGAGAGGGAACGGAUGGAGCGGUUCGGACGUUUAUUCGCCGAGUAUAAAGAAGCUAGCGACCGCGGGAUACGCGAGUUGCUGGGAGAAAUGUCGUCAGAACAACGCUGCGAUCGAUGA